GUCUGAGGGGGUUUAUAGAAAACUCAACCAGAUGUGACUCUGCAGCAAAACCAAACUAGAUCCACUAAAGACACUAAAUGACGUUUUUAACAUGACGGAAAAUAAAACCCCGCCGCUGUGACCCACAGCGCCCUCUCCUGGCAGCCUUCAGUAACUGCAGAUGUUGUGAAGAUCCUGAUGAUCAGAAUCUGGAAAAUGGAGGAUUUUUCUUCUUCUGCAUCGACUGAAUGAACUCUGGACUUCCUGUUCUGGAAUCUGAAUCCUCUGGUCACCAGAGCAACGUGACAUCAUGACGUCUGCAGAACCUGUGCCAGAUGUUGUGGAAGAUUUGAAACGCUACAGCAGCAACGACCUGCUGCAUCCAGACAUGUCUGAGCAGAAGGAUGAAGACGAAGUUUUAACUACAGCUGAGAAACUCAAACCUCUGAACCUGGUUCUGUUUGGUCCAAAUGGAUCCCUGAAGGCGUCAGCAGCCAAGGUCAUUCUAGGUCACCAGGAUCUUCCUUCAGAGUGUGUCAGGAAGCAGGGAGAGGUGUUUGGACGUGGGGUUUCUCUGCUGCAGCUGCCUGCCUUGGAUGGAAAAUCUGAGCAGGAAGUGAUGGAGGAAUCCUUCAGGUGUGUCUCCCUCUGUGAUCCUGAGGGUGUCCACGCCUUCAUCCUGGUCCUACCUGUGGGUCCCCUCACUGAUGAAGACAAGGGAGAGUUACACACCAUCCAGGACACAUUCAGCUCUAGAGUCCAUGACUUCACCAUCAUCCUCUUCACCACAGAGACUGAUGCUGCAGAUAAAGAUGUUGGUGACGUUAUAAAGGAGAGCAGAGACAUCCAGGAUCUCCUCCAGAUCUGUGGAGGAAGAUAUUUUGUUCUGGACAUCAGAGACAGACGGCAGGUCAGAGAACUGAUGGAGACGCUGGAGAAGAUUUGUGGUGAAAAGUCCAGCGUUUUCUCAACAGGCCUGUUCUCCAAGGUGUUGAUUGAGAGGAUUUUAAAAGUUGAAUCAGAACUACAGGAUGUGAAACAGAAGAGUGAAGAUGAGCAACAGACAACAAAACAACUCAGGAAAGAGACAGAAGAAGUAAAGAAAAGAGAAGAAGAGCUGAAGAAGAAACACAGAGAAGAAACUAAAACUCUGCAAUCUCAACUGGAUCAGCAAAGAAAAGAGCAAAUUCAAAUACUGAAAGAAAAGGAUGAAAUAAUAGAGAAUGAACGCGAGAAGAGAAAGAAGGAGCGAGAGGAAGAGGACAAAAAAUGGAGAAAACAGGAAGAACUGCAGCGAAAAGAGUGGAAACAAAAACUGGAUGCUUCAGAAAACCGAGUUAAAGAUGAACGAGAGCAAAGAGAGACGGCUGAGAAACGUCUGGAGCAGAGCAGACGAGAGCGGACCAGAGAGCGGGACGCCUGGGACAAAGAGAAGGUGAGCAUCCUGGAGCGAAUGCACCAGGAACUGAAACAGAACCUGCAGGAAACCAAGCAGAACCUGGAGGAGGAGCGGGAACGCCACAGGAAGCUGCAGGAGGAUUUCUACCAGAAGAGGAGGAAGUGGACGUACCUGGGCUUCACUCUGCUGCUGUCAGUGUCUCUAGUUUUAUUAUACGUGUAUCAAAACCAAUAAGCUGCUGGACCCAAACGGACCAAAAUCAAGACCCGGCUGGAGAAACUGGGUCAGUUUUAUAAAAUAAUGAUAAUAUUGGUGAUGAUUUUAAUGUGUCAUAUUGACUCCCAGAGUCAUCAGAUCAUCUCAGUUUACAGGUUUUGUUUUUUUACAUAAACAAGCAGAGUUUGCAUUAAUGUGACUUUAAUUAAAAUAAAUGAUUUUCUUUCUGCGCCGUUGAUUGGUGCAGUGAUGAUGCAUAAUGUCAGCAUCCAUCACAUGAAUCUGAUUAUUAUUAAUCUGAUAUUAGAACUGCAGAAUUAAUUUCACUGUAAUUCUGUGUAGAUUUUCAUUAACAGUGUUUUAUAUGAAUGUUUUUUCUUUAAUGUUUUGUCACUAAAAGUUUUUCUGACUUUGAGCUCAGAUCCAGUUCAGGAUUUUAAUGAGAUUCUUUAUCGGCUUUUAUUUCCUGUCUUUCAUGUUUUAGAGUUUUUUGAACAAAAGUCCAACUGAACUGGUUUCCUCCAGUGAGUGGAGGGUCAUGAAGAUGUUUCUGUUCACCUGCUAACAGAAAUCAGUUCUUCUUUAGCUCUGAUUAAUGAAUCAUGUUCAGAUCAGUGAAACAUUUUUACCUUCCAGUAGAAAUAAAAACAAAGAUUCUUCA